AUGUCACUUGAACAACAGAUACAAAAAGAAAGUGAACGUUUUCAAGCUUUAUUCGAUCGUUUAUCCGAUGCGCAAUGGAGUGAUGGCGCAUUACCAGAAGCACAGAAUUAUUUGAUUACUUGUAAAGAUCAUGUUCGUCUCGCACAAGAGAAUAUUACUGAAUUUAAUACAGCAGUUGAAAAGGAGCACAAACGUUUACUUGACAUAAAAGGUCAUGGUGUUAGACAUACAUGGUACAAGGUUCGAGGUAAAUUGGAAGAACGUUUGGAUGAACAAGAAAAAACAUGGCUUCAAGAAUUCGAAAAGUGCAAAGAAGAAGAAGAACGUCUAAUUGUAUUACAAGAAGAAGUUCGUUCUGCUGAAACAUAUUUACAUGAAUGUCAAACCGCUUAUGACGAGUAUAUAAAUACCAAACGAGAGUUAGAUGAAAUAUUAGAAGACUUCUUCUCUGGUAGUACACCUUCGUAUCCUGAAGAAGACGUAAUGGAACAGGAUUUAAAAAAACAAGAAGAACAAUUAAUAAGUUUACAGAAUCAACAUCGUCUUUUAACACAUGUUUUUCAAUUAUUACACAAAGCCCAUCAAGCUGUUAUGAUCGCUCGUCGUGCACUCGAUGAUGCACUAAAUAUGAAUACAUUCGAUUUGUUUUCUAAAUCUUCUUUCGCAGACAUAGCCGUAAGUUCUAAUUUGGCUCGAGCUAGAAAUGCAUCAAUGCAAGCACAACAAUUUCUCAACGAAGCCAAGCGUGUAUCUCCAAAUAUACCACAUAUUGGUCAGAUAUUUAUUAGACAAGAUAAUCUUGUUUUUAAUAUUAUGUUCGAUAAUAUUUGGACUGAUAUGAGUAUGAGACAAACAAUUCAUGAAGCAUUAAAUCGUAUGUGUCGUGCUGAUACAUUUUUGUUGGGUAUUUUAGCAGGAAUGAAGGAACAAUUGGAAAGAUGCGAAGUUGAUCGAGACAAGAAAAGUAAACAUGUGAAAUGUCUGGCAACUGAACAUUUUAUUAAGAGAAUUACUAUUGUGCAAAAUAUUAUAAAAAUGCCACCACCAUAUUCAUCCGAGGUUUAA